UCUCACAACCCACGCCGCAACUGUCAAGUUCUCACCAAUUCCCCCAUAUCAUAUCGUAUUUCAUAUAAUAUCAUUUAUAUCUCUAGCCUCGCCUACCAACAUAACAUGACCAUCAACUUCUCUCGCGAUAUGUCCAUAAACUCACGCCUCAAUGGAUCAAUAUUCUUCACGGCUCAGUUUUGACAUCAUCAGCUGCCUCCGGCCUUUAUCUUUUUCGAUUUUUAUUUAUUGAUAAUUAUUAAUGAUAAUAUUUUUUUAAAUUAAAAACCUUAAUCCCUCCUUUCUGUCUGUCUCUGUUGUCUCUUCGUUCCACGCUUUAUUAUUAUUAUUAUUAUUAUUAUUGUCUCAAUUUUUAACCCUAAAAAAUUCUUCAAAAAAUUCUCUCUGCAAAUUUCCUCUUUUGAAAAGGAGGAUUUUAUUUUAUUUUUUAUCUUCCGAGGAAUAAAUUUUGGAUAGAAGCAGAAGAAUUACCGUUGUUAGGGUUUCUUCAUCGAAUCCUCCAAGAGCUUCCAAGUUGGUAAAAUUUGAAGGUGAAUCGAAAUCUUAUUAGAUGCUGUAAAGUUUACUACCCAACCGAAGCGAAACGAAAGGUUACGGGUUUCCUGUGGAAUCGAUUUCCUCAGGAUUGGUUAGUCUUCGGCGACAAUGGCCACCAACCUGCCGAUGAGCCCUCAGUUGGAGCAGAUCCAUGGUGAAAUUCUUGAUAAUUUUCGAGCUCUUUCAAAUGGCUUCCAGAGGCUGGAUAAGAUCAAAGACUCCAAUAGACAAAGUAAACAGCUGGAGGAACUUACAGGAAAAAUGAGAGAAUGUAAAAGACUAAUCAAAGAGUUUGAUCGUGAGCUGAAAGAUGAGGAGGGUCGAAAUUCUUCUGAAGUGAAUAAGCAACUCAAUGAUGAGAAGCAAUCCAUGAUCAAAGAGCUGAAUUCAUAUGUGGCACUAAGGAAAACGUAUAUGAAUAGCCUUGGGAACAAGAAAGUUGAACUGUUUGAUAUGGGAGCAGGAGUUAGUGAACCUACGGCUGAUGAAAAUGUUCAAGUGGCAUCAUCCAUGUCUAAUCAAGAACUAAUCAAUGCUGGGAUGAAGACAAUGGAUGAGACUGAUCAGACAAUUGAACGCACUAAAAAGGUUGUUGAACAAACAAUUGAAGUGGGAACUCAAACCGCUACUACCUUAAAGGGCCAAACUGAACAAAUGGGUCGCAUUGUUAAUGAGCUGGACACAAUCCAGUUCUCAAUUAAGAAAGCAUCCCAGCUUGUGAAGGAGAUUGGCAGGUGGCAACUGAUAAAUGCAUCAUGCUUUUUCUAUUCCUCAUUGUCUGUGGUGUAAUAGCAAUUAUUAUUGUGAAGAUAGUGAACCCUAAUAACAAAGACGUCAGAGAUAUCCCUGGAUUGGCACCUCCUGCUCCUACACGGAGGCUUUUGUAUCUGAGGACAGCAGAAGAUUUGGAAUAAUCAAUUUUACAAGAUUUAAUUUUUCCACUCCUCUUGCUAUGAUUCAUAUUCUAAGGGACGGAAAGGAAGCUUGGGGUGCUGUAUGUGGGCAUUGAUUGUAUUUUUUCUUAUUUUAUUUCUAUUGUCAUACUUAAAUAUUUUCUUGCCUGAGAUGUGCAUAUCCUGUUGUGAUUCUGUGUAAAUCUUGUGGAGCCCUUUUUACUGUGUUGAAUGCCAUGGUUUUUUGUGUAA